CCCGCAGUGAGGGGGUGGAGCCAGGUCAUUGUCAUGGUGACUGUGAGACGUCAACAGUGGCUCCACUGAGCCAAAACUAAGGCACAUCAGAAAUGGAAGCAGCCCAUAAAGCAAAGAAGUCCAGAAAUGAGACGCCUACUUUGGAACUGGCCAGUGAGAUGCAGCUUCCAGAAAACACCAACUGCCUGACAUGCUCAGAGGACGGCAGGUACCUCUGCCUGGGUCACUCCAGGGGCUUGUCUGUGUGGUGUGCAUCGUCUCUGAUUCUUGUGGCAGAGUGGCUACAGGACAGGCUGGAAAUUACCUCUAUCCAGAUGACCAGCAUGGCUGAGACCACCUAUCUGCUUGGCACUGUUGACGAUAUGGGUGUUGCCAGAGUCUUUGGUCAUCGCUCUAACUCAAUUCAUCUCUUCUGUGUUAUUAACAUUAUGGAAGAUAUCAACAAAAGGAGCAUUUGUUUGUCAUUUGAACUCUUUGAAGGGGGAAAUUAUGGAGCUGCAUCAUUCAGCUGUGGCAGAGCGGUUUGGCUCGAGGUCUAUCAGUUCCCUUCAGCAGCAUGGCUGAAAGAGUUAGAGAUGGCACAGAACCAAAACUCCUCUGGAUGGUCUCCAGUUACAGUGAUGGUUAAAAUCAAUCCACCAAAAAUCCCAACAGGGAAAGUACUCGAUGGUCCACCUGAGGCCUCGCAGCCAGCAAACUAUCUGAUGCACUGUUUGGCUCUGGAUGUAAUCAGAAGCAGCAGUCAUCAAUGGGAGAUGCCAUCCUUCAAUACAGAUGAAGGAAAAGCAAAGGAAAUGAAUGAAAGCCCAAGACAUUGCACCCAGCACUUUCUUCUGCCCUGUGGUCCUGGUGACAGCAAAGCAAAUUUUCAGUCAGGAUUACUUGUCGCUGUCGCUGUGUGGUGGAGUGGCAGCCGUAAUCUUCUUCAGUAUUUCCUACAAAAACCACCAAAGAGCAAAACAAAUGUGGAACCCAUGCCAGAUGUGUUGUGGCCAAACGCAAAGGAAAUCCUCUGCUCAGCUGUUAGUAGAUGCACCCGUUACAUUGCUCUUGGGCUCAAUGAUGCUUUAGUGUGUGUCUGGGACAGGCGAUCUGGGGCUCCGCUGUCUGUGGUUUUAAUGCCAGAAGCAAACAGCGCCUUCUUCAGGAUAGAGUUUGUGGAUUACUACCCUGAGUCUGCUGAUGAUUUCCAGAUUUUAACUACAGAAAAAGUCCAUCUUUUUGUGCUAUGUAAAAGGGGAGCAGUUCAUACCGUCACAACAGGACGAGGGACCAAACCCAGAAUAAUGCAGCUCUCUGAAAGGCAAAGGGACAGCUGGGACCUCCCGACUAUUACUGCAUCAGUGCCGUUCCUGCAGGGAUUGUCACUUGUGAUGCAACGGAGUGGAAAAAUAUUCAUCCAAGAUGUCAUCAACAACACCACUGUGUGUUUCCUGACCCCUCCUACAACUCAUCUCAUUACAACUCCCCACAAUCCAAUUUAUGCGCUGAACUCCAAACAGCAGAGUCUGUUCAUACGAGGGGACCGGGAUACCAGCUGCAGUGCUUCCUCUGAAGAAAGGAGCCAAAGUCAGCUUUUCAUCUUCCAUUAUGGAGAGUCUGACAUCAUUAAGCAGUAUGCUGUUUCACAUCCUGAGUCCACACGACAGCAACAAACACUGAGCCAUGACACCUUAGAGGAAACCUGCAAUUUCUACUUUCAGAAAAGAGCGCAGUUUGUGCAUGAACGGAACAAAACUUUGACGCAGACAUGGGAGCAGCUGCUGGAAAAUGCAAAGACAGCAUAGAGCUGCAGCUGAAAAACUGCAGCAAAUGAUGAAUGGCACAAAGGUACUAAUGAGGUGGUCCCUACAUCUUUAUUACACAAUUCUCCCUGACACAAAGUGUAGAAUAGUAUAUAUAUUACUGCUGAAAUCAUCUUAAUAU